GUCAUGGUCAACUUGAGUGGCCCUCGUCUUCCUAAGGUCGAAUUGGUACUGCGUUGGUUGGCGGACGAAGCUUGGGAGUACUUGGAGGAAGAAUGGGACCCAAAUAUUUGGUUGAUCAAUACAACCACCCUGAAGCUUGAGUUCUUCGUGGACUUAUACAAUGCACGCCCUCGGCGGUACGCCAUACUCUCGCACACCUGGGAGGACGAGGAGGUGUCUUUCCAGGAGUUCCAAUCCCUCGAAUCUACGUCGUUGAAAAAGGGCUUCAGGAAAAUUGAAAUGACGUGUCGUCUUGCUUUCGAUCGUGGGUUGAAAUACGUCUGGAUGGACACCUGUUGCAUUGACAAGGCGAACAACGUUGAGCUUACAGAAGCCAUUAAUUCCAUGUUUCUUUGGUACAAGGAAUCCGAAGUUUUUUUUGUGUAUCUUUCGGACCUGCAACCUCAUGGUCAAAUGCAGGCCCAUCAAUUGGAGGAACGAUUGAGCCAGUGUCGAUGGUUCACAAGAGGCUGGACUUUGCAAGAGCUGAUUGCACCACAACAUAUUGAGAUUCUCGAUUCUGAAUGGUCAGAUAUAGGUCAAAAUAUGUCGUUGGUAGACCAGAUUUCGUCGCUCACCGGCAUCGACAAGGAUGUCCUUAUCGACAGCAGCGCAUUGAAUGUUGCAGUUGCACGAAAAAUGUCUUGGGCAGCAAGCAGGUCGACAACUCGGGUAGAAGACAAUGCCUAUUGUCUCAUAGGAAUCUUCGAUAUCAACAUGUCGAUGAUCUAUGGCGAGGGCCGCAAAGCCUUCUACCGUCUUCAGGAAGAAAUUGCCAAAGAGACAAAUGACCUAUCUUUCUUCGCUUGGAGCACGAUUUACGCGCAUUUUUUUAAUUAA